AUGCCGUCAACACCGUACGCAGCUUCUGCGGCUGCCACGCCUAUCGCUUCCGCUAAACGUCCAAAGAGAAGGGCAAACCACGCCAUCAAUAACUCCUCAGCAGUACGACGAGCGGCUUUGGGCGGAGACGUCAUUUCCGCCACCGCCAAGGGCAGCGAUGAUGGGAACGCAGCGGGGACAGCAACGGGCGAAGGGGGGAGCUCGUCCUCCUGUGAGGACGGGGGCGGUGCAAGCACGAGCGACACCAAGACCAACACUACGCCAUUGGGAAAGCGGGCUGAGGAGGGGCAGGGGGCGGAAGCAGCGGACGGAGGACCUGAGGCACCGAGCCCGACCAAAGCUCGCAAGGGAAGCACAUCGGCAACUCCUCGCAGUAGCGGCUUGUGUGACAGCAGACGAUCGCAGCAACAGGGCGAGGGAAAGGGGAGGAGUUCUAGUGUGGGCGGGGCUGCAGAGAUAGAGGGAAAGGGGUUGGAAGGAGACGGAGACCACCAAGACCAAAAUAGGCACAAGCCCAAGGAGAGCUCCAUCUUUUCGCCAGCGCUGAACCAAAGCCAAGAGGAGGCACGAGACCAAGCUCCCGCCUCAACCGUGGGUGCAGAAGCGACGGCGGCGGUGGUUGCGACCGAGAAGCACGAUAGACGUGAUGAUGAUGGCGAUCAUGUCGGUGCUGCCCAUGCUGGGACGACCGCCUCUUCCUCAUCCGCUGUUGCUGAGCCUCUGUCCAAGAAGGGAAGAACAGCGUCACCAUCACCACCCACCCGAAAGGGAGAAGGAGGGGAGGCGGCGGCUGCGGCAGCGCCAUCAACAGGGGAGCAGGGGACCGACGGGGCCGGUGAAAAGCCGAAGCACGGGGGGGGCAAUGAACACGACGGAGCCCCGGGGUUGGUGAAUCGCGAGGAUGAUGACGAGGGGGUGGAUGGAGUUGUGGAGGAGGAGGAGGUGGAGGUGGAGGAGGAGGAAGACGAGGAAGAGUUCAAUCCGUACUGCUUCAUUGCGCAUCUGCCGCCUUACAACACUGUGAAGCACCACACGCCAGAGGCACCUGCCCUGCCGGAAAAGCGCAAGACUCGGCACGGCAAGGAACUGACCCUGGUCUUGGAUCUCGACGAGACCUUGGUGCACUGCACGGUCGAUCCCAUCGUAAACCCGGAUCACAGGUUCGAGGUUCACUUCAAUGGGGAGGAGUUUCAGGUGUACGUACGUAAGCGACCGCACCUGGACGCGUUCUUGGAGGCCGUCUCGGAACUGUUCGAGGUGGUGGUCUUCACGGCGAGUCAGCAGGUCUACGCCGAGAGGUUGCUCAACAUGAUCGACCCGCAGAAGAAGUUCGUCAAGUACCGCCUGUACCGUGAUGCAUGCAUGGCGCUGGAGGGCAACUACCUCAAGGACCUGAACGUGCUGGGGAGGGACUUGUCCAAGGUGGCCAUCGUGGACAACUCCCCUUACGCGUACGGGUUCCAGAUUGACAACGGCAUCCCUAUCGAGAGUUGGUUCGACGACAAGUCGGACGAGGAGCUUCUGCACCUGCUGCCCCUGCUCAAGCAGCUCAUCAGCGAGAGCGAGACCGCUGGAGGCGACGUUCGACCCUUCAUCCGCAACAUCUUCAAGACGCACGAGCUGGUUGACAAGGCUAGGAACGGAGAUCGAGACGUCGGGUCCCCUUCUUUGGCACCAGCUGCAAGCAGCAACGUGGAGGCGGCGGAUAGGAAGCGAGAAGCAGCGGCGCCGGCAGCGGCAGCCGCGGCUACAGGAGGAGAGAGCAAGGGAGAAGAUGAUGCACUCACCCACGCCGUGGCUGCCGAGUGAUGGUGCGAGGAUGAUUUGGCGUCUUGCGUCACGGCAGGUCGAGUGGCGGGGGGGGGGCGAGAAUUACUUGUAAAUCUUCACAACGAGCAAGAGUGCAAGAACGUGUGGUGAUGCUGCUGCUGUCAAGGGUAGGAAAUUACUUGGCUGCAUGAUUCGGCUGCUGAAGGGGCACAACACAGCAGUCAACUGCAGCUAAUGGCGGAUUUGUGAAGGACUGAACAGCAUGAGGAGGUUGAUUGAGGACUGCGUGUCUUCUGUGGCUGAUGCGGCCAAACGGGAGAGAAGAGAGAGGGAGAGAUAUGUCACGACCGGUUUAUUUCUGCUUGUAUUUUGGUGAUUUUUCCGCACAGAUGCACACAGACGGGUGUAUAGAGAGGCGCGGGGGUGGGUACGGGAGUGAAAGUAGAGCCAGUCUUGACGCGCACCUUUUCGGGACCACCGCUUGUGUUUUCCCUAGCAUAUGCGCAUGGCAUUGUAUGGUAAUUAAUUCGUUUCGGAUUGUCGCGCAAAGCAAAAUGGAUGGUGUUGAUACAGUAGGUGUCCAUUGAUUUGGUGUGGCCGAUAAGCGAGGAGUAGUGUGCACGUCAUCGAUAAGCGUUGCUAAAACAAUUUUUUUUUGUUUAUUUUGUGUCGGUAGAUGGAAGAGCUCGAUAUGUUCACUGACUUCGAUGGCCGUGCGAUAAACGAUAAUUAGUGUGCGUAUUAUCGGUAAGCUUGACUGUAGCAUAUCGUUUGUUAUACUUUGGCGAG